AUGGAAGAUCCCGAAGUCGACGAUUCUUACCAAGCGCUAACCAGCAGAGAAGAGGCUGACUUGGAGCGUCUUCUCGAGCUAGAGGUGGACUCAACCUUAAAUUACAACAUUCAUAAUGCCUCUGCUUUGACGGAUAAACUUUCCCGUGAUCUUGCUUCGUUGGACGUCAACAAUAUACAGGAUAUAAUGUCUUCCGAACAGCGAGUGAUUGACUUGAUGGCUGUUCUCGAUGUUGCUCUCAAAGAGACUUUUCUAUUAGAAAAUCGGAUCAUCUACUAUGAAAGUCAGCUUAAAAAUGUACGUGAUAUUGUGCAAAAAGUGGAAAAAAAGGAGGCCAUCAUUCAGAUAUACAACGACAACAAUAACCGCUUGUUGAAUGAAAUUGAACAGCUGAUUUCAAACCUGGAUUUUCUGCCAAAGUACGAAAAUGUUCUCACCAAGUGUGACCUGAACUCUGCUGAUGAUUUAGCAAAGUGCUUAGAAGCGGCGUUGAAGCUCCAGGAAGCACUCCAGCACGAUGUCCCGCUGGCUCUUCAGUCACUGUUUGCUGUCAAGGAGCAGCAGGAAUAUUUGCGUAAUGUCUCAACUGAAUUUGGAAAAAGAAUAACGGAGCAUAUCAGCAAGUUAAUAAUGAGUCUGGUAAACAGCUACCAGGAAAAGUUGACAAUGAAAGCUCACGAAUCAGUGCUGGCCGAGCAUAUCAAGGCACAUCGAAGUCUGAUACCAUAUGCGCCAUUUGUUAAAUGGUGUCGGGAAGUGGACAGCCAUUUAUAUUCUCACCUAAUGGAACUAUACGUGAAGCACUUUCAAGUUAUCUACGAAAAAGAGUUUGGAUACUUUUUCGAGUACCUUCAGGGCAAGUUUUUCUUCAGCACAGGGAAGGGAAACAACACCCUCAUUUCCCCUAGUCCGACGGAUAGCAAGCGAAAGAGCCUGGCGGUGUCUGACUUUAGAGGCGAUUACCGACGCAACUCAUAUGCCAACUCUUCGCAAUCACAAUCUGACACGGUGGAAACUGCCUCCACACGAAGCUCUGACAUAAGUCUCACUGAAUGGGAGGAAUUCGACUCGUUUAUUGAGAAUAUUCUUAAAACCAUUGACCCGGUGUGCCAUGCUGAGCAACAGUUUUGCAAUCAGUUUUUCGAUCUGGAGGCGACAUCUAAUCUGUCCAUUCCAUCGACGCCGGUUAUGGGUGGCAAGCACAGCUCCAACAGCGAAACCGACACUUCUCUGUCUAAUCACAGCUCCAACUACAGCUCCGAGCAGUCCACUGCCCAGGCAAAGCGAAAUGACCAACUGCGAAAUAUGCUUUCAGAGCUGUUUGGUAAUUUUGAACAGGAUUUUAAAAAUUUUGUCGAUGACCACGACAAUAGGGACGGCAUCUAUUCGCUGUACUUUUUGGUCCGUCUGAACCGACACGUCAUGGCCGUCUCCGACACCGGGUCUUUUCUCUCCAAAGCAUAUGGCAACAUUUUGAUUCACAUCAAGCGAUGCUUUGAUAGGUACAUGCAAAAUCAGCUCACAAAGAUUGAAAAUGCUAAAGAGUCUAAAAGAACCAAAGUGGGCAUUCUCGACUUUAUAAAGCGCUUUGAAGCGUUUGCCAAACAAACUGAAAAUGUGGUCAAGUAUGGCCCUCAGCGUCGAGCUGACAUUGACCGGUGGUACGUCAUUCUGAUGGAGAAGAUCUUCCAGUCGAUUGAACGCAUUGCCAAGGAGCACCAAAGAGCGUACAAGACGCCCUCGCAGAUGAUUGAACUGGAGAACUACCACUACAUUCAGCUGAUGCUGCCUUCGCUAAAGAUUCCCUGUCUGGAGAAUGAACGGAAGGAGGCGAAAGUGCGCUACAAUAAUGCCCUCAAGGAGUACGUCAAUCUGUACUUCAGACGGCCACUGGACAAGCUGAAUUGUUUUUUCGAGGGAGUGCAAAGCAAAGUUCAGCAGGGCGUGCGGGAGGAAGAAAUCAGCUACCAGCUGGCGUUCAGUAAACAGGAACUGCGCAAAGUCAUCAAGGACUGCAAUCUGAAAGACAUCAAGAGAGGCCUUGAAGAUAUGUACAAAAAAGUGGAGAAGCAUAUUUCCGACCCUCAAAACAACCUCAUACAGGUUAUCUGGCAUUCGAUGCAGGAGGAGUUUAUAGCCCAGUACAAAGGCAUCACCGGAAUGAUUGAACGCUGCUACCCACAGGCCAACAUUACACUGGCCUUCACCAUCGAAGAUGUGCUCAAUGUCUUCUCGGAGAUCGCCUUGCAGCACUAG